AUGGAAGGGCACGUUGGAGAUGUCAAUCAGGCAGAGCAAUGUCAUUAUGGCAGUCCAUCUGAUAUCGGUGUUGCCCUGGAAGGGUUGGGCCUGAAUAUCCAUCCAACCACCGAUGGUGGGCACAACAUCUGCUACACAGUCGAGCAUUUCAUUGAAGGCCAGGAGGAUGAUGAUGGAGACGAGGUGCCUCCGGAGGAUCAGCAUUACACUGUUGCGGGGAAGGAGUAUAAGGCAACCGGUGCAUUCUACACAUUUGGCGUCAAUCGUGUCGGCGGUGCGAUCGUUGCCAAGAAUCUCGAGUCACCAACUUUCGCUGCUGAGUUCCACUGGGAAUACAAACCCAGCCUCGAUGAGCUUCCUGCAAUUCGUCAUGGCUCAGAUAUAAUGCUUGCGUACUGGCUCCGUGACAAUCCCAACGCGCGGAACCUACGAUACUACUUUGCCAGUGGCAUUGUCAACGAGGACACACUCCCAUUGAUUUGCAGUGUUAUCAAGAGUAAGGGUCAUCAGGGUGAUCCACCAUCUUGGCCGGGCGUUCAGCUUAAUAAGGGAGAACAUGAGUUCGAUAUGUUGCUAGGUUCACCAAUUGGCGCAACGCUGGCCUUCAUGCUAAUCCAGCACAAGGCUGAGAUAGGUAUCAAACACGUCACCGAUAUUGUCAUCUUCAGUACAAAGCUUGGUGCGGAGGGCUUUGUACAGGUACACAUGGUGUUUAAGGUUGCUGAUGUUGAUAACCCAUUUGAUGUGGGCAUUGCCACUCGCAGCGAGGAUAAGCAGUACGCGGCCGGGAACUUGGACAAAUUAGAUGGAUACGACAACGGCGUAAGGACACAUGUGUUGUUUGAGGACUAG